AUGCUUAACAACAAUUUAAAUAAUUUCAACCCUGAUGAUAAAGAUGGAAAAAAGAGAAAAUUAGAAAUUGCCUUUGAUGAUGAAAUAAUUCCUGAUUUCAAUUCAGAGGAACCAUCAAGAAAGAAGAGAUUGGAUGAUUCCGAAUUAUUAAUAAUUCCCUUUUAUUUACAAGAUGUCUUUUUGGAAAAUGUUUUUCCGUUCAUGACUGGGAAAGAUUUGAAUCGGAUUCGAUUGGUCUGUUCUUGUUGGUAUAAUUUUCAGAGGAGUGAUUAUUUUGUAACGAAUCAUAUUGUUAGGUUGAAUAUAAAACAUGAUAUUUUGCAAAUUGAACAGAAAAAGACGCAGUUAUCGAUUGUGAGGAUUAAUUUGGGAUAUAAACAAGGGAAUAUGCUCAUUAUUCAUAUUGAAAAGGGUAAACAUUCUAUUAUUGAGGAUUUAAUUGAUGAACAUGUUAAUGAUCCUAAUUGUUCAAAAUUUAUUGAUAAUACGAUUAUUUCAAAGUUAGGCGCUACAAGUAUCAAAUCAAUUGUUGGAUAUAAAGAUGGAAAGAAACAUGGAGAAACUAUCGAUUACUUCAAAACAGGGCAGAUUAUGCAAAUUGGACACUUUGAGAAUGGGAAAAAGCAUGGAGAUUUUAUCAAGUAUUUCAAUUCUCCAUACGUUGUGGAGAGAACCUACUCAUAUAAGAAUGACAAACUAUUUGGUAAAUUGGUAGAGAAUAAGAUAAUUUAUUCCAAAAAUCAGAAAGUGGUCGUCAAGGAUGUAGAAUGUCACUACGAGAAUGGAAAAUAUCAUGGUGAGAAGAUUAUCUACGAAGGAAAAGAUAGUACAAUUACUGAAAUAUCCAAUUUCAAAAAUGGAAAGCGUCACGGAAUCUCCAAACAUUAUCAUUACUCUGGUGAUCCUAAUAGUUACUAUUUAAAAGGGGAAUCUAAUUAUCAAGAUGGAAAAAUACAUGGAGUUUGUAAAUCAUUUUAUGCUAAUGGAGAACCAUUUACAAUUAUAGAAUAUGAAAAUGGACAUCUAAUUUCUGAAACCAUUAAUAGCUCAGAAAAAAGAAAGCCAGUAAUUUCUCAACUUGGAUUUCUGAUAAAAUCAGAUGAUUAA